UUUUUUUUGCUUGAUCAUUUUGGUAUCUAACUGAGGUCAACAAGGCAGUUAGUGUUAAUAGAUCACAGAGAGACUGGCCUCACUCUGACACGGCAAAUUAUGGUUUCAGGUCUACAGAAUGGGCAAUUCCGUGAAAAAAGGAAAAGCUGUUUUUGUGGAACCCACACAGGUGAAAAGCCUACAACUUUACAAAGCAGCAAUUGAAGACCAGCACAUUAAAUCCCCGGAGAUAACCAGAUUCAGAAUGGAGGAAGAUAUAGAUAGUGAGUGGAAACGUAAUCAGGAGAAAACUAUUCUGAGACUGAAACUGGAGGAGUACAUUGGUAACAGUGAUGUUGUCGUGUUCAGCAAGACAACAUGUGGAAAGUGCACAAAAAUCAAAAGCCUACUUGACGGCAUGAACAUCUCAUAUCGGGCUGUGGAAAUCGAUCAGAUGGAGAACGGACAGAUGUUUGAAGAGGUGCUCUGUGAACACGUCAUGGAGACGGCUUUACCCAGUGUUUUCGUAAAAGAGAAGUUUAUAGGAGAAUACGAUGGAAUCAUAAAGUUAGCAAAGGAAGGCUUGUUUCAAAAGCUUUUAGAAGGUAAAGAAGAGAAAACAUCGGACAACGCUUAUGACUAUGACCUGAUAGUGAUUGGCGGUGGCUCAGGAGGUCUCGCUGCUUCUAAGGAGGCCACACAAUAUGGCAAGAAUGUAUUGGUACUAGACUACGUCACGCCAUCUCCGCUAGGAACACAAUGGGGCCUUGGAGGAACAUGUGUAAACGUGGGCUGUAUUCCCAAGAAGCUAAUGCACCAGGCAGCCUUACUGAAGCAGGCUUUGAAAGAUUGUCAGAAGUUCGGCUGGCAGGUGGAUAGUAAUGUACAGCACAACUGGGAGACUAUGACGGAAUCCAUUCAGAGCUACAUUGGUUCUUUAAAUUGGAACUACAGGGUCUCGCUGUUGGAAAAGGAAGUGAAAUAUGAAAAUGGAUACGGGGAGUUUGUAGAACCACACAAAAUUAAGACAACAAACAGCAGAGGAAAAGUCAAGUACUUUACCGCAGAAAAAUUUAUCAUAGCUACAGGAGAACGACCUCGAUACCUCGGUAUAAAUGGCGACAAAGAAUACUGCAUCACAAGCGAUGACCUGUUCUCGCUCCCAUACUGCCCUGGGAAGACCCUAGUUGUUGGGGCGUCUUACGUUGCCUUAGAAUGUGCAGGUUUCCUGGUAGGGCUUGGCUUGGAUGUUACUGUAAUGGUUCGUUCGAUUCUAUUAAGAGGAUUUGACCAGCAAAUGGCCACAAAGAUUGGUGACCACAUGGAAGAGCAUGGAGUAAAAUUCAUCAGAGAGUUUGUGCCAACAAAGAUAGAGCAGAUAGAAGCUGGGACACCUGGAAAAUUAUUGGUAACAUCUCAGUCAACUGAUGGAACAGAGAUAACUGAAGAAUAUAAUACGGUUUUGUUAGCGAUUGGAAGAGACGCAUGCACAAGGAGGAUUGGUUUAGAAAUACCAGGAGUAAAGAUAAAUGAGAAGACAGGGAAAAUCCCAGUCAAUGAUGAGGAGCAGACAAAUGUGCCGUACAUCUAUGCGAUUGGGGAUGUGCUGGAAGACAAGAUAGAGCUCACUCCUGUUGCUAUUCAGGCAGGACGACUCUUGGCAAGGAGGCUAUAUGGCGAUUCAAAGUUAAAGUGUGACUAUGUCAAUGUACCGACAACAGUGUUUACUCCGCUGGAAUAUGGCGCCUGCGGCCUUUCAGAAGAAAAUGCGAUACUCAAGUAUGGAGAAGAAAACAUAGAGGUCUAUCACAGUUAUUUUUGGCCUCUGGAAUGGACGGUGCCCGCAAGAGAUAACAACAAAUGCUACGCAAAGAUCAUAUGCAAUUUAAAAGACAAUGAAAAGGUAAUUGGAUUCCACGUGCUGGCUCCAAAUGCUGGUGAAAUUACUCAAGGAUUUGCUGCUGCAAUAAAAUGUGGUCUCACGAAAGACCAAUUGGACUACACUAUAGGAAUCCAUCCAGUGUGUGCAGAGAUAUUCACCACCUUAACUGUGACGAAGCGAUCUGGUGGCAACAUUCUUCAAUCUGGAUGCUGAGGUUAAGCCCUGCUGUGUGUCUUGUUUUGCCAUUGUGUUGAAAGGGGGAAAAAAGAUCAAGUCAAAGUCAAUAUGCAUUUACAAAAUGGACCAAUAGACGGUGGUUUGUCAUCACAAACUCGAAGAUGGCUCCCUUUCUCAUGGCAACUUACAACACAGCGGGGUUACAGCACAAUAAACUGAUGCAGGACACCUUCUUGGAGGUUUUAUGAAGUCACAGUCCAAAGCCAAAUCUGGUGGAUAGCGACCGACGAACUGCUCACUCAGUUUAUGAACAUUGAUGAAGAUGUUUCCUUUAACACACUUUUGUAUGAAGAUGAUGAUCUAUAUAGAAGUUCUACUUGUAGAGUUUACACUUAUGUUUUUAUACUGUGAAAAAGUUUAUUGAGCAAGUUUACACAAGAGCAGUGGUUAUCAAAACACAAGUCCUACAGUCUGGUUGAGCAUCAAGAAGAAUCUGGUUCCAAAAUAUCUGGAGUGCCGUAAUCUUUAAUCAAACAUCAUGUCUGUGAUGGCUUCACUUGUGGCAAUAGUCAACAGAUGACUAUCCAGAGAUCUUUCAAUUUCCUCUCCAAUGAUCCUAGUUGUUGAGGAACAGUUUCCAAAUGUUUAGUAUUUAUCAAAGGCCAGAAUGUCUCUUUGACUCUUUGCUGCCUAAAGGACUAUUUUGAGAGACGCUGCAUAAGAGGACCACUAAAAUAUUGGUAUAAUUAUUUUAUUUCUAAAGUAGACUUAAUUUAUUUCUGAAAUGUAAAUGAAGAGAUUAAAUGAUUGAAUUGACAACACUCUUGCAAAAUGUAUGCCAGCGUUUCUAUUUUGGCUACAAUUGACGUGCUGUGACUAUAGUGGAGUUUAAGUUUUUUUUCCAAAUCUGCUAUUGUUGCCAACGUUUUGCAACUCUGUUUUUAGUUCUCUACAAUUCACAGUUUAGUGAAUAAAUUCCAUUAUGUAAUGGAAAACUAGUUUGUUUUUUAAAUAUAUAAAUUAGUAGUAUAAUAUGACAAUACUACCACGUGCAGU